UGAGUUGCCGUAGUGCGUCACAUGUUGACUUGUGGUGCUUGUCCAAGCUACCCACAGCUUCCCCAUGUAAAAGGCAUAUAAAACAGACAUUGAAAUAACUUGUUUAUUGUUGUCGCUACAGUGUGCGUCGAAAUGCCGUAAUAUCUUCAUGUUUCGUUGGAUAAAAGUCCUCUAUUGAUGUAUGUAUCCAUUGUGACAAGCGUAGGUAGCUAGCUUGUUUGCUAGCCAGGAAGAGUUGACACUGUUGGCUUUGAAUCUGCUAAAAGAGAAGGCACAGGAGCUUGCUUAAAGAGAGCUCCAGAUGCGGUUAAAAGACCCCUUUUCUUUGAAAGCCGCCGAUAUGACCAAGCGGACUAAUAAACCAAGAAAACCUCGAGAUGAGGAGUCAUCAGAUGAAGUCAGUGGACUUGUGUGCCAGCAUGUGAAUAAAGCGGUGGACCUGAGCUCAGUGAAAAAGUCGAUCUCCUCCAAUGUGUGGUUGGUCUGCUCUGAGUGCCUGAGGGAGAGGACGAUGAUCGAUGGAGAGCCGGCAGCAUCCCACGACAUCCUGGUGUGCCUCAAGUGCGGUUUUCAAGGCUGUAACCAGUCAGGGAUCCAACACGCUGUCAAGCAUCACCAGGCUUUUAAUUCAGAAUCCCACUGCAUCACUAUCAGCCUGAGCUCGUGGAAGGCUUGGUGCUUUGAGUGUAAUGAAGAGCUCUCUACUCACAGCAACAAGAAGGCUCUGGCUCAGACCCUGGAUUUUCUACAAAAGCACUCUACCAAGGCAACAUCGACAUCAUCGCCCAAGACCUUAAAACUACGAGAGGAACCAUCAGAUUAUGCCGGCCCACCCAGAGGAAAAAGUCCAGGCGUCCACAGCACUUUGGUCCCGGUCAAGGGAAUAACUAACCUCGGAAACACGUGCUUUUUUAAUGCUGUCAUGCAGAACCUGUCCCAGACUCACAUGCUCAUUGACCUCAUCCAUGAAGUAAAGGAAAAAGGCUAUAAGCUGAAGAUAAGCCCAACUGUCGAGGGAAAUCUGAGUCCCCUGACGGUCACGCUGCCCGGUCCAGAGCCUCUGACCUCUGCCAUGUUCAGCUUCCUGCAGAGCAUGAAGGAAUCGGGGAAAGGCCCCAUCAAUCCCAAAACCCUCUUCAACCAGCUCUGCCAAAAAGCUCCACGCUUCAAGGGCUACCAACAGCAAGACAGCCAGGAGCUUCUGCACUACCUGCUGGACUCCAUACGUGUUGAGGAAACCAAAAGGGUGAAAGGGGGCAUUUUAAAGGCUUUCAACAAUCCCACAGAGAAGACGGCAGACGAGGAGACCAAACGCCAAGUCAAAGCGUACGGAAAAGAAGGCGUGAAGAUGAACUUUGUUGACCGCAUCUUUGUGGGCGAGCUUACCAACACAAUCAUGUGUGAAGAGUGCGAGCAUAUCUCAACGGUAAAGGAAGCCUUCAUAGACAUCUCAUUACCCAUCAUAGAGGAGAGGAUAUCAAAACCGUCUAAUCCCGGUCGGCUGGGGAAGGGCAGCCGGGAGCAGGACACCCACACUGACCAGCUCCUUUCUGUGUCGCACCCAGCCAACAAAAACAGCAGGAAGCUGAGCGGGCAGAAGCAGCUGCGCAGGAGGUCCUCCAGCUCGGUGGAGGAGCGGGGAGCAGGCUGCGGCGGGGAGCGGGCGGAGGAGGAGGCGGCGGCGGCCUGCGCCCGGGGCGUCUCCGUGUGUAAGAUGGCGGCCGCCGGCAGCCUGUCGGACGGCAGCGAAAGGGACUCCGGCGCCCAGGACAGCAGCAACGACGCCGACAGCGAGGCCUCGGAGAGCGAGUGGACCCCGCGCCCCUCCGGCCACGCCCACAGCCACGCCUCCACCCCGUCGUCGGCCACCACCCUCACGCCGUCCCCCACGCCCGCCUCGCCCUCGUCCUCCAGCAGGCCGGGCGGCGCCGUGGAGCAGCUCGUCUCGGCCGUGUCCAAAGUCAACCUGGACGCCGCCCCGAGCCCCCCCGAGGAGCAGGGGGACGCCCACGCCCACGCCCGGGAAAACCUCCACCACCAGCACCACCACCACCACCACCAGGGCGCCUUUCAGGCUCUGUCCCACAGCUACACGCCCAGCUCCAAAGAGUGCUCCAUCCAGUCCUGCCUCCACCAGUUCACCUCCGUGGAGCUGCUGAUGGGCAACAACAAGCUGCUCUGCGAGAACUGCACCGAGCGCAGGCAGAAGCAGCAGCUGCAGCAGCUGCAGCAGCGCAGGAGCGGAUCAGCAGAUAAGAAGGUGGAAAAGAUUUACACCAGUGCGAGGAAGCAGAUGCUGAUAUCCUCGCUGCCCCCCGUGAUCACGCUGCACCUGAAACGCUUCCACCAGGCAGGAAUGAACCUGCGGAAGGUGAAUCGCCAUGUGGACUUUCCUCUGAUCCUGGAUCUGGCUCCAUUCUGCUCGGCGUCCUGCAAGAACCUGGCAGCCGGUGAGCGCGUCCUGUACAGCCUUUAUGGGAUUGUUGAACACAGUGGUUCCAUGCGCGGCGGGCACUACACAGCUUACGUUAAAGUGCGUCCACCACAGAGGAAGUCAGAACAACACCACAAGAACCUGUCAGGUGCCAGAGAAGCCGGUAGCUGCUCCCAGGGCCAGUGGGUGUACGUCAGUGACACCACUGUUCAGACGGUACCGGAGUCGAGGGUACUCAGCUCUCAGGCAUACCUGCUCUUCUACGAAGAAAUGCUGUAA